AUGUUUGCUAACCCUAGCGCGCUCUGCUUCUUAGCCGUUGACCAGAUCAAGACAAUUCAUGUCUACGAUUUUGAUAACACUCUCUUCAAGACGCCGCUCCCGAAUCCCUCACUAUGGAACGGCCCAACGAUUGGAUUGCUAUCGAGCCCUGACGCACUCACCAACGGUGGCUGGUGGCACGACUCGCGCAUUCUCGCAGCAACGGGCGAUGGCAUCGAGAAAGAAGAGGCCCGAGGCUACCAAGGCUGGUGGAACGAGAAAAUCAUCAACCUUGUCCGGCUAAGCGGAAAACAGAAAGAUGCCCUCUGCGUUCUUCUAACAGGCCGAUCCGAACAUGGCUAUGCGGAGCUAAUCAAGAGGAUCUGCAAGAGCAAGAAACUCGAGUUCGACCUGAUGGGACUGAAACCCCGCGUCGGUCCCCAGGAUGAGCGAUUCAACAACACGAUGCAGUUCAAGCAGGCUUUCCUCGAGGCGAUCAUGGAGACGUACAAGUUUGCCGAGGAGAUUCGUAUUUACGAGGAUCGUCACAAGCACGUUAAAUUGUUUAAAGAUUUCAUGAUGGACUAUAACAUGCGGCAGAACGGUGCUGCGAUCGGAGCCGCGUUUAGUCGAGCGCCCAUUUCUUGGGACGUCAUUCACGUUUUCGAAAAGACGAUACAUUUGAAGCCUGUAGUGGAAGUGGCGAAGGUUCAGCAGAUGAUCAACGAGCACAACCUGGCGAUCGCCAAGGCCCUCGACCCGCCGAACCCGAAUUCGAACUCGGGGCCGGACCCGCCGCCGAGGGACAAGCUUGCUAUCAAGAAGACGGUCUUCUUCACGAGUUAUACGAUUAAGUACGCGGACUCGCAGAAGCUGAUAAAGCUGGCGCAGAUACCACCGGGUGUAGCCGAGCAGGAUCUGAAGUACCAUGGUAACAACAUUCUCAUCUGUCCGCGCCCCUGCCCCGCAAGCAUACUGGAGAAGGUCGGUGGAAUGGGAAGUAAGAUGAAGUGGAUGGUGACGGGCACAGCGUGCCACGAUAACAGUAUUUGGGCCGCUUGCGUGCGUCCGGUCCCGGACACGGCCAAGUUCCACACUGACAACCCCUGCCCGCUCGUGGUGCUCGCGCUGCGUAAGGGCGCUCGACCCAUCGAUGCGGGUAAGAUUCAGAGCUGGCAGCCCGUCCCUGCCGACAAGGCGUAUGUUUUUGAGACUACGGUGCGGGAGAAGGUGCUCCUCCGGAUAGAACCGGAUGACCCUAGGGAGGACGAAUAUGAGAGUCUCUUCGCGAACAAAUCUUCCAAGAGGAAGCAUAACGCGGACGAUGAGUAUCCCCGCGGUCCCAAGGAGUCGUACCACAGUCGGAAUGACCAGAGGGGAGGAUUCCGCGGUAGAGGAGGCUACCGAGGAGGUCCUUCUGGUUCCCGCGGCUACAGAGGUGGUGGUCGGGGCGCUUCGCGAGGUGGUCGUGGUCGUGGUGGCGGAUACAACUCGUAUAGGUCACUUGAUGAUGUUGAUACUCGGAACCAAGGUCAUGGCGUCGAAUACGAUGAUAACCAUCCGCCUAACCAAGGAUUCGGCGGUCAUGGCCGACAGCCGCCUACACAGCCAGCUGCCCAUGGUCGGCCCGGAGGCAAUACUGAUUUAGGAAAUUACUACUAG